ACCGUUCGGCAGAUUUUAAAGCGGCUGACUUUCUUUGCCUUCUCUCGGUCGUUCUCGCGGUUGGGCGGUGGUCGGAAUCGACAAGGAAAACGUUCCCGUUCGUUCGUACUUUCCUUCCUUCCUUCAUUCACUCAUUCCUAGUGCCUCGUAGUCAAAUCGUGGUUCUCGCACAUUAAACCACAGAAUUCAAUUCCUUCACUCGAGCAAUUCCCAUAUUGAUUGGCGAUCGUCGUCGAUGGUUCUCGCGCAAUUGUUUUUUUUUUUUUUUUUUUUGUGCCUCGUUCUUCAGAUUUUUGUCUCUUUCCCACGCAUGCGCAUGCGCGUCGAUCGUGACACCGACGAGCGGGAAAUCCGGAACCGUUUUGCUCGCCGCCCUCGUGUCAAGCGCGGCGCCCCAGCCACGAACUGUCCAGUGCACGACUGCAUGCACCCUCGGCAACCAUCCUCGUCUUUGUCCGGCCAGCAGUGUACCGUCGCCGCCCUCACUAGAAGCCGACAUCAUAACUUUAGAUGCCCGGCCACCACCUUUCCACCGGUACACCGGGGAAGGACUGCAGUCAUGACACUGUUCGGCAGCAACGGUUACUGUUGCCCCGUUCAAGUUCUGUCACUCUGCUGCGCGCUGUCGUACGCCACUACCGGGACGGCGCCGAACUGCGUUUCUGGACCGCACCGUCCGGUGCCGCCGCUGCCCGAAGUCGAGAGGCCCACGACGAACGGGAUCGCAGCUGGAGAGACACUACUAUCACUCACGAAACUUUCAAUACCACCCCAUGGACCGCCACCACCAGCAGGAGGCGCGGGACCCCGUCCUCACGUCAAGCCCGUUUACCGACGUGGACCCUCGGUCCCCGAAUGCCAGCCGCUCGCCCGACCGCAACUUUUUCGGCCACAGCGCUCGCGGCAGCGCCGGCGGAGUCCGCGAUCCACCGCUCGAACAGCCGCUGGACUUCUCCCUCAAGAGCGCAGCUGCGUCCUCCUGUUCCUCGCCGUUGUCUUCCGAAGACGACCGGAGGCCGUCCCCGGAAUGCGUGGCUCUGGGCGCCGCCUGCUCGCAACCCGAGGCGUCGAACCGGCUGCCGUGCCCGGAGUCCCACCAGUGCAACCCGUCGCUGUUGAUCCCGCGCACGGCGACGAACACGUCCGCCUCGACGUCACCGCCGGCCCCGUUCCAGAACGGAUACGUGAACGGCUACGCCGGGGCGAGCGGCCCGUUGCAGGGCCUGCAAAGCUCCCCGCUCAUGACGUUUCUGCGGUCGCCUCCCAGGAGCAACCUGUCGGUCUCCCCGGCGCCUCCGCUCGUCAGACCACCGCCGCAGCAGCCGGCGUUCCCGUCGCUGCGGUCGCCUCCGUCGGUCAACGCGCCUACUAGCCCGCAGCCGAGUGCCCCGUCACAGACGGGCAAGUACGUGCGGCCUUUCAAGGCUUACAAGCCCGUAGACCUACUCCCCAUGGAUCUGUACAGCGUUUCCAACCAGCUCUUUCCUGCGGCCUCGGCUGCCGCGGCGGGCUUCCGGCUCGCCGACAGGGCGGCCCAGCCGGAGUUCGUGGCAUAUUGCAAGCGCUUUCUGCAGGCCGUGCACGCGAACGGACGCCAGGAACGACAACACCGGAGGUCGAGGCCGGCGGGCUCGGCCUCUGCCGCCGCCGGCUCUGCGCACCAGCUGUCCUCGACGUCGCCACCGCCACAGAGCAACGGCGCCCCGACGACGUGCCGCGCGGACAGCGGUGAGGAAGGCUCGACGUCGCCGGAGAACAGCGACUCGUCCGCUUUGGCCGUCACCAACGGUGACGCGUCUACCAGCGGGCCCGUCACCAACGGCGGCACUACCACGAACGGAGGCGCGCCCACCGCCAACGGAGGCGGCGUCGUCGCCGCAAACGGUGACCCCCCGAACGGCGCUCCCUCUGCCGCCACGGGCGGCGGCCCCGUCCGCAACGGGCGGCGACGCUCCCGCCUACCCGACAGCCAGAAGGACGAAGCGUACUGGCAACGCCGCCGCAAGAACAACGAGGCCGCCAAGAGGUCCCGGGACGCGCGCAGGGCCAAGGAGGACGAGAUUGCCAUACGGUGCACCUUGCUGCAAAAUGAGAACACGCAGCUCCACUGCGAGAUCACCAGUCUCCGCAACGAGAUGGUCCGUCUCCACAACGAGCUCAGCGUUCUGCGCAAAGCCACCAUGUACGCGAACGCGUUUUGCCAGUAGCAGACACGCCUGCACUGAUUCCAGGCUGCACACGUACGCGCCGCCGUUACACGUCCGGCCUGUGCUGGUCGGAAGACAUCGGGGCACGUCAAUUCCGGCGGUGCGCGACCACCCAAGGAAACAGCUUGGACGACGCGCGGAAGAUGCCGUGCCUUGGGACACAGUCGCUCUGGAACUCGGGGGUGCGCUCGGAUGCGGUGUUUACAGUGCACGUGUGGGAGUGCAGUGCUAGCUGACCUCGCUGCCGGCUACAUACGUGCUGCGAUAGUUUUUUACACUGCGAGACUUUCAUCCCAUCAGAGACUGUCCAUUUCGAGCGCGAUGCUUGCCACGGUACUUGCUGGACUGCUAGGCUAAAGAGGACUUCCUGCGUAGACGGGAAAUGCCCAAAAAUUGUGCAUCCGUCCCAGGCAAGCUGUAUUUAUUUACACCAUUGCGACGAUCACCGACGUCACAUUGAUCACGAUUUUAUAAACACGAGACUGUUAGUGUUUUAUCAAUGUGCUCAUCCAUUUUUCGCUUUUGGCACUGUCACCAUCGUCUCACUGUACAUAAGCCACAUGGGCACGUGCUUAUCAUUGUACAGCAUUGCACGGAGCCUCUUUUAGGAAACUCGUAACCCGGGUCGUGAAAAGAGACCUGCGGCCACUCCCAGCGUUAUGCAGUCGGAACGAAUUUAUAACGAAGCACUUGGAGCCUGCGAAAAAAAUUCGUUAUACAGGCCAGUUCGUUGUAAAGGCGCUCGACCAUACUCAGAGCUGGGCGCCAACGAGCAGUUGGGUGCGAUGCCUGCGCGCAUCGCGGCCUGUGCGCAAGCUUUGAUUUUAAUCUCAGCCUUUGCUUAUGCGACAGUGAUGUUAAAGUUAGCAUUGAAGAAAACUUUAGCAUAACGCGAGAUGCACCCAGUCUCAGAGCAAUGGGAGUUCGAGGCCGCCGGCUUUAUUUUAAUGUUUCCAUCUCGACCCUUUGUCGCCGGGCAUACGUUGCAUUGUACGUCCGGCCUGUUGCAAACAACAGCUGAGAGAAUAGCGAACACCUCCUUUCCAAGUGCAAUAGCAGACGGCGUCAAAAAAAUUGCGAGAUGCUUUUUUAGCGACAAUGUCAAAUUUCAGCCUCAGUCAGUAAAAAAAAAAAGACUGUGCUACUUGUAAAGACAUUGUAAAUAGUGAUACUGUAUUUUGUACCGGGGUGCAGCCUCAAUUUCAGUUCGCAUGCCCUGAUCAUUCGGCGCUGUUACAUACAUACCGCUGUUAUGUGAAUGGGACUUCGCGAAACUUGUGAAUAUUUCAAAAAAUAUCACGUGAGCUGUACAUUUCUCCAUAAAUUUUGUCCACUCUAGAUUCUCUAGUGGGCGCAACCGGCAGAUCGGCGGCAUCCAUUUUUUAAUAUAAUGUUUGGAAACUUCGGGCUUUCAUACUUUCACAACUUACUUAUUUUAAACUUAUUUAAAACUUAUUUUAAAGCACGUUAUAAGCGUCAUAACAAAGCUCGCGCUAAAGUUAAACGUGCUUCGUGACUCUUUCAUUACCGCAAUUAUGGCACACCAUGAACGUACAGGGGAGUUUAUUUAUAAUGCAAGACGACGGUGCCGCACGUUAUAGGAGCGUGAGCUGCCCACGUGUUUUCGACUUCUUCACGCGGAUUCUGAAGAAGUCGAGAGCAGUCUGGCAACAUUGAAAAUAGGCGGAGCUUCACCGAACCGGACUAGUUUUGAAGUGAGGGAAGCUCGCAGUAAAAUUGAGUUCGAAGAACUGCUGAGGAAUAUGGAGGAAAGUAAAUGGGCUGGGAGAGUGUUCAGGUAUCUGUGCGGGCAAAACAUUGAUUCACAGUGGAGGAAAAGAACUAGGAAGCUUACCAGCAAGUAUGCGGCCUGUGGGGUGGGCAACACAGCAACAAAGAAGGUAAAGCGGAAAGUCAGAGAGGCUGAAUUAAUCUCAUGGGUGGCGGCAAUAGAAAAGAAACCUGCCAUGAGUAACUACUUAAGAGGAAAAAACGAAAUUAGGAAAGAAACCAUUUAUGAUAACUCAAAGGGAAGCUCAUUACUUUUCGAAGCGAGAUCGGGAUGCCUUAGAACACGCACCUAUAAAGCGAGAUAUAAGAAGGAAGAAGCAUGUGCUUGCUGCGGUAAAGCUAGGGAAACGACGGAGCAUAUUUUAUUAGAAUGUGAAGACGUGUACCCAGCGGUCGAUUUAGGCACCACUGGCCUCCUUGAAGCCCUUGGGUUCAGCGGGAGCAGUGGUAAAGCAAACAGGUCCGCAAUAGACAUCACUAAGAGGCGAUCGGAGGAUUGGUGGAAGAAAAGUAGGGGAACGACAAAAGACGGAGACGUACAAAAGCACAGUUCGCAAUAGGGGAUCAGAAAAUUUGGACGUCGUAGUUCAUAGUGUUUUUCUUUUCUUCAUUGGUUAACCUAGGUAGGAUAUUAGGCAGCAUAGUAGGAAGAGCUUGGUGGCGCAAGCCACCGCCCCGUUCCAAAGGGGACGCUCAUAACAUCCAUCCAUCCAUCCAGCCGCCGUCGCUGCGGUCGCUGCCGUCGCUCCCAUGUGAACCCGCCGGCAGUUCGCAAGCGGUGAGCGGUGCUGCGCGCCGGUGACGUCUACCGCGCAUGUGUCUCCCGGUUAAGUCCUAGCUUUGGAUUAUUUGCCAAUGCCAAUGAGCCAAUUCAAUUGGCUCAUUGCGAACGCGCGACUCGAAUCGCAUUCGAUUCCGCAAGCUUGGACUCGGUUUACAAUGCAUACUAUAGAGGGAACUCCACGGCACCGCAGUCGUCGAGUCACCAGGGGAAUGACGGGAUGUAUGUGGAUUUGUCUGAUCUUCGUGCUUGUGGAUUCGCACGUUCUUGCGGAUUCGUUUAUUACAUGUCUGCGCCUUCAUUAUCGUAAAUUUUCGGAGCAAUCCAUACUUUCAUAAGCGCAGAAGACGGUGCGAACGCGCACGAUCGCUUGUCGAGGUGGCCGAAUCGAAGCGCACAGCAUCUCAAGGCGCUGCAGCUUGGCCCCUGAUAAAUUCAUAAAGGCGUUAUUGCGUCGCUUGCCGGUGCACGAGUCCGUGGCCUGGUGAUUUCCAUAUCGGAUGUCUGUGAUACAGAAGUCCUGCGUACGAAUACUCCCGUAGGACAAUUUUAAGCAUGUUUAUAUGUUUAUCACGUAGUACAGUGUUGAAGGUGACGAGGUUACAAAGUCACGAAGCCGUUUGAAGCCAAAGAAGGGACGAAGUUUAGGCAAAUCCAUGUACUUCCCAUAAUUCCUUAUGCUAGCUCAGCCUCCCUCAUUGCCGCUCCCGUGGACGCUGCCGCAAGAGUUCCCUCUAGUAGUUAUUGUAUGAAACUCUAUGGUAACACUAUAUGUCUCGCGGUCUUCGGUUUGAGAACGAAUUACAGUAGCCUACUACUGCCGACCUUGUGCUUGGAGCCUUUAAUAAGACAUCCAGAAAUCGAGAGAAAAAAGAAAAACAGCUAAAACCUUGCGGAUGGGGAGCAAGGCGCUCAACGCGAUGAUGCUGUUUUAAAUGAGCUUGCGUUGUUGCGGCGAUAGCUACUUGUGUGACCAUCCGCGUGCGUUGUGGCGUACAUCUAGUCCUUUGUCUCUAAAUGCUCGUAAUCUACUGCACAUACAUCAGGUGCAGAUCAUAUCUACGCCUCGAUGGCGCUCUACAGACAUCAUGUAGUGCACUUUGCGUAUUGCCUCGUCCCUUCUAUGUCGCCGACAGCGAUGGGAGCUUUAGUAGGCUCCGUCUUGUGCAUCGGCCUAAUGCAGAUUAGAAGACGAAACUCACUAAAGCUUACUAAAAUUGCCGCGCGACUGGCCGCUCGAGGCAUUUUGCGUGCAUUCGCGGGCUUCUAUCAUACUCGGAAAAACAUUUGUGCAGCUCGUAUUGGGCAACAGAAAGCUGUGUCGGGAGUUUUUCGUGAUUCUCUACAAUUUUCUCAUUGGCACUUUUCAUCUAAUUGUAAUAUUUGAGAAGUUCAUUAAUUCAUGUAAUAAAAUAGACUGGAAAAAUGGCAAACAUUACCUUGGUUCUGUCCAGCUACGUGGCAUUUGGAUAUCUUUAAGCUCUGGUGGCUGGGGCACCCCGCAUAGUAUGUGUACUUGCGGUCAGUGUAUACGAUGCCAGCUGGCAUCGGUAAUUGCGGUAAUUCUCCGGUAAUUCAGGAGGUCAAAAGAAACGUGUCUGUGCAGUCUGAACGAGAGGUCGCGCGAUCUGCUUGCAUUCCUUUUUUCUUGUGUGUUUAUCGUGUACCAGACUGCCCCUCCCACUAAUCGAGCUUACCUUACUGUACAGCGUUGAAUUUAUUGUGCAUGCCUAUCGGUAUUUUAUGUUCCUACUUUGUAAAUGAAUUUUGUGACUUAAAUGUGUGUGUUUUUGUGCAUGUUUAGUUUUGUCUCCUUCACCCUACCCAUAUAGCUUUCAUUUUAUUCUCUGUUUGUGUUUGUAUGUAUGUGUGUGUGUCGUGUUAGUCAUCGACCAACACUGUGAUUGUUCAGCAAUAAAAACAUGA